AUGUACACGAGUUUGCGAGAGCGUGUCCAAAAUGAGCAGGAGGGCUACUACCUCUCCACUGCGGAGAAGGGCUUUGGUGUCGUGUCGGCAAGAAGUGAAGCUGGUGUGUUGAUGAAACCUGUUGCGUUGAUGGAGAUGGAGUGCCCAAAGACAAGGGCGAGGCCCCUCUUGUGUGCAUUUCUGGAGGUCAGGUGA